ACUUCUUCCCGCCACGCGUAUUUAGACAUUGGAGACAGAAUACCUGGUGGCUAACUUUAGUCGAUCGGUUGUCGUGAGCGAAGUAACCCAGAUUUCCAUUUCUUCCAUCUUCAUUUAAUCGUUUACUCAUUUACUCUUCACUUUUUCGUUGACGAAACAACAUUUGGACAUUUCAUAACUCCAAGAAUAUGCUUGAAGAAAAAAAGUUUUAAGUUAAAAAUCAUCAGAGCCAAGAUGAGAGCAUGGUUUUGUUUUUUGAGCAUUUUGCUCAGUAGUUACUAUGUGACCGGGUUAAUUAUUCCUGAAGAAUUAACAUCUAUUCUCUCACUUGUCUGGGCUAACAUUCCACCUAUAAGAAAAGGAACCGACUCGAGAGUUGGUGUUGGCUUUAGACUUGGUGAGCAUGCAGAUUUCCAAGUAAUGAUGGAACUUGGACCUCAAAAAGAAACAGAUCCGAUCGGAACUGAAGAAUCAAAGAGACGGAGAGCUAUAAUGUUAGAGUCUGCUAUGAGGGGUGACUAUGGUCCUUGGGCUAAAUCUGUUGCUCAAUUUAAUAUUGCGAAGAUGAAGCAAAGGCAAAAAAUUAAUGAAGAACAAGUUAACAAACAAAUAAAGGCUGUGGACAAUCAAGAUAAGAAUAACAAUGACAGCAAUUGGUUGUUGAAGUGGAGUAAAGACAUGCCAAAAACUAAUAGUGAUGAAGUGCCAUUAGGAAAUACGAUGAUUCAAAGAAUAAGAAUGAGUGCUUCUGAUCCAAAGUAAUUAAAUAAGAAAGCUCAAAAAAUCUUAAUGUGAGAUAAUCGCUGAUGGUCGAUAUUCAAAACAUGUAGAUAUUAUUUUUUACAGCUUAGAAGAGGGAAACUAAAAUAUUAUAAAACAAUAAAAGAUUAAAUAAGAAUUGUAAAAUAUUAUUAAUAAUAAUAAAGAUUGUUAUUAUUUUUUGUUCA